CACAUGGACCGAGGGGAAUUUCCACUUGCGACAACCUCGACCAACGGCCACGACCCAACAGCCGCAACAGCUUGGCCCGUAAAUCCGGCUUCUAAACCGAGACGUUCAUCCGUCUCCAAGCCUAUUUAACGUGCAGCUGUCUUCUUUCCUCGACCAGAGGCGACUGACGCGAUGGCCGAAGCAGCCGUCCUACCUCGUCAGCCAGGCGAGCAGCCGCAAGGAGGCGGUGGUGGAAUAACCUUCAACAAGCUUCUCCUCGGCGGCGCCGUCUACCUUGGUAUCAAUUUCGGCAUCAACUAUAUGAACAGGAAGGAUCAGACCGGCAUCGAUGCUACCCACCCUGAGACCGGCAAGAUCAUCAAGGUUCCCGGAAACAUUGACGACAUCCCGCCGUUCGAAUUUAGGGCCAAGGAGCUCAACGAGGGUGCGACGUACCGCCCAAUCCCCAAGAGGGUCGCGCCAAUCUGGCCCCAGGACACCCACCUCGAUGUCAUCGUCACCCUCUCCUCCUCGUUCAACCCUGCCCCCAUCUCCCAGGUCCCCGAGGAAUAUGUCAUCCUCAUUGAGAAGGGGUUUCAGCUCAACAACUACUCGGACAAGCGCGUGGCGGAGAAGACGUUUCCGGUCCCCAAGUCGGUUCAGAACAACGGCACCCUCUGGGGUCACUUCUACGUCGGUCUCCCUGGCAGCAACCUGGAUCCCAAGCAGGCCGGAUUCGAUCCCACAAAGGCGUAUCAUUUCGCAUGGCCCCUGACCCACUACCUUCCCCAAAAGAAGGUUGCAAAGACCCGAAACCUCCUCGACAAUUCCCCCGAGCCAGAGAUUGAAACUCCCGAGGAGGAAGAGCACACUGGACCUCUGAUCACCAACCACUACCACCCCAACGCCAGCUUGUCCUUUAUUCCCGACUUAGGCGUCAAGGACUUGGCAUCACUUACUCCCCCUGUUAAGCAGUUCUUCCGUCUCGAGGCCACUGGUGCCCGUGACGGUUCUGGCCAGAAUAGCUGGUACUACCCGGUUCUGUUUGUCAACACCUUCUGGCAGUUGAAGACUCACAUGUCCCCUUUGAAUGAGACUGUCAAGGAGUUGCCCAUCCGCCUCGAUCUCGGAAACCUGGUCAGCUGGCAGUUCCAGAUCAUGGCCACCAUGGAUGCCAGUUCUAAGGAGGCCGCCCGUCAGGCCGCAUACGGCAACGCGCUUCCUGGCGGCGGCGAUGGCUCGGAGAUGGAAAUGAUCAAGGAAAUCUUCAUUGACACGAACCCCAUCCUCCUUGGCAUCACCAUCGUGGUCAGCAUCGCACACAUGUUCCUGGAGACCCUCGCCUUUGGUUCCGAUAUUGCUCACUACCGCAAGAAGAAGGACAACGUUGGUAUUUCAGUGCGAUCUAUCCUCGCCAACGUCUUCAUGCAGACGGUCAUCUUCCUCUAUCUUUUGGACAACUCCCAGAACACGAGCUGGAUGAUCCUGGGUACCCAAGUGGUGGGCAUUCUUAUCGAGUUCUGGAAAGUUACAACCGUCGUCAACGUGCGCGUUGGCCCUAGCGCCCCCGGAUCCUGGCUCCCCUUCGCUGUCGUCUUUGAGGAUAAGCAGAAGCUUACUGAGACGGAAGAGAAGACUAAGGAGUAUGACGAGAUUGCGUUCAAGUAUGUGUACAUUGCCGCGGUGCCCCUGCUGAUCGCGUACGGCAUCUACUCGCUUAUCUACGAGUCUCACAAGUCGUGGUACUCGUACAUCAUCACGACACUGGUGGGAUCGGUCUAUGCGUAUGGCUUCCUGAUGAUGAUCCCGUCGCUAUACAUCAACUACCGUCUCAAGAGCGUGGCGCACAUGCCAGCCAAGGCCAUGAUGUACAAGUUCCUCAACACCUUCAUCGACGACCUGUUCGCCUUCACCAUCAAGAUGCCUUUCCUGCACCGACUGUCGACAUUCCGUGACGACAUCAUCUUCUUCAUCUACAUCUACCAGCGAUGGGCAUACCGCAUUGACUACACUCGUGUCAACGAGUUUGGCCAGGGCGGUGAUGACGACGAGGCGGGGGUGAAGAAGGAGGCCGAGGGCAAGGAGGUGGCCGCUGAGAAGGUCAAGGCGGUCGAGGCGAAGGCGACUGGUGCUGAUACCGGCAAGGCCAAGAAGAGAAAGUAGAGGAAAGGUCUUGCUAGUUUUUGCCUCCUAUGUCUCCUUUAAUCGUCUUUUAGCGUCCAACGGAUGACGAUAACAGUUUCACGGGUUUUGGAAAACGCAAGGAACGAGUGGCUGUCUGAUGCCUCAUGAUCUUUGCCUGUACAUGUAAAUGAUAAUUGAACGCAAACAUCGACCAACUUCUGGAAACAUCCGUCACAAUUGUUGUCAUCUUUUAGUAUGCCCCUGGAGUUUCUCAGUCACACACCCGGCACUCGAUCCCCAUAAUCCGAUACAAACAUUUCGUAAUAGGUACCAUGGGCCCCAUUUUGUCUCCCUCCAUCCCAGCCCUACACAAGCACUGUCGCAACGGCGUGGAAGUCACGCAGAUUAUCGGUCCAAUCCCAUCCAUC